AUGUAGAAAUCAUAGCAAUCUAACUGCUACAAAAGAAGUGCCUAAAAUUCAGUCAUCGAUCUCACUGGCAUUAUCACUGCAGUUCAAACUCCACAAAUGGAUUCGUCUAAGCAAUCAAUAUAAAUGCUUCUUUCAGUAGUCGAUCUGAACCUCACUUAAAAGCUGCAAUAGAAAGUUUAAAAUCCUCAUGAUAUCAGUCUGUACAUAACGAUUGGUAAUGAUUUUUUUACAAGAAAAUCACUUGGCCAGGCAGAGGGCAUUCCCAUAAUCUUUUAAGGUUAAGAACUUUCUUCAAUUCUGCAAAAAGAACUUGAAAUCAUUGUUAAUUAAUCUCAAAACAAGCAGAAUUCUAAGAUUGGUUCACUUAAUGUCAAAUUAGAUGCUCUCAUCAAUCAAAAGGAUAGCAAUGAUAAUGAAGGUGGAUAGUGGUUCAACUUAAAGAGAGAUUAAUUCAAGACUGAAGAUGGUGAUCAUCAUAACUAUGCUUCAGAGAUGAAUGAGACUAUCGAUGAUUCUAGUAGUUGCAAUACUAAUUUCUUCAGCAACACUAACUUUGAAAGUAACUCGAAACUUCAGAUCAAAAUAAAAUGUUCUUUGGCUACUGAAUAAGAUUUAUUAGAUGCUGAUAAAUUUAAGACUGAAAGUGCUGGGUUUAUAAAUGCAAAAAGGGCAAAAAAUAGAAAUUCAAUAUGCAUUGAAAAUAGCAUGUCUGUCCUUGAUGAAAGUUAAACAGAAAAUUUACCAACUUUGAAAUCUCAAAAAUCAGAUAGACUAAGUCUCUCAAUCAUCAACAACAGCAACUUGAAAAGACCAUCUGCGAUGAAAUAAUCCUUAUAAGAUUAACAAAAGGAUGCUGAAGAAAUGAAUUUAAUGUCUACAAAUAGAUCUUUAUCAAAAUCUUUCCAAAAGCAAGAAGCUAAUUUGAGCUCUUUAUACAGCCAGAUUAAGAAGCAAAGAAAGGACAAGCUGCUAUCUGAAUCAUUUGUUUCUACUUAGAGCUAGUCAAAACCAAAUAGUAAGACGAGACCAGUCAUUAAGCACAAAGUACCAACCACUUCGAUUAAGCUUGGCUAAUCAAGAAUAAAUUCUACUGACAGAACACCAAAUAGAUUUAAGCCUAACAAAUAAGAGUAAAAAUAAUAAAUUCCAGCCAACUAAAGAUCAGCUAGUAGGUCUAUGGACAAAAAGUUCAAAUCUAAUCUAACUAAAAAUGGAGGCAAAGAUAAAAGCUUUGAUAGAGGCUAGCCAUAAGUUAAUAUUUUAGAAGUAAAGGUUGUUGAGCUUAAGCCAAGAGAGAAAGUUGAAAAGAUAAAAAAAAUGAUAGAUAACCAAAUAAUGCCAUAAGUGUCUUAGCUGCAAUAAAAUUAAUUCAAAACUUAAGCAGAGAAAGUUAGAGUUUUAGAUAAUUUGGAAUUGCUAAUUAAAAAGUUAUGCAAACUGCAUGCUAAAAAUGUUCCUGAACAGCAGGCAUAUACAGAUAUAUACAAUGAAAUCGUCUUGGAGAACAAUAUUCAAUCAAAUAUUAUUGAGGAGUCUGGCAAAAAGCUAUCUGAAAUUCUGAAUUACUUAGAAUAGCAGAUAAAGGACUUGAACAUACAGCUAAGCAGCUCAAUAGAUUAGAAUGAUUCGCUCAAUCUCAAAGUAUUGCAAGAAAAUUCUGAUAAAUAGGAGUUAAUUCAGUUAUAAUCUUAGUAUCAACAAUUAGAGUAGAAGUUAUUUGAUAUUCAAAUAAACUAAAUUUCAAGCUCAGGAAAUAUAAGUGAUAUAAAGGACGAGAAACUAAUAGAUCUAACAUCUAAUUUAGAGGAUGAAAAAAUGUUGGAGAAAACUAAUAUCAUAAAUAAUUUAGAAUUAUAGAGACUUUAACAGUAGCAACUAGAACAAUCUUCUGCAAACUUAAAACUUAUGACUGAUUUCUAAAUAACUUAGAAUCAAAUUUACAAUUCUUAGCAAGAAAUAUCAUUAAGAGAAAAUCAACUCGAAUCGAUUAGAAAGUAGAAGAGGUAGCAACUAAAAAACUCUAGAUAAAAACUAAUUGACUAAAAGACACUAAUAUUUAAUCUAAAUCAGUAAUACUCCUAUUACAAGAAAGAAAUCUCUAAAAUCUCCAAAUAGAUCAUUAAGUAUGAAGAUUCUAUUAAUGCAAUUAAGAAUAGUAAAGAAAUUACACUUAACCAAUCAUUUCAAGCUGCUUAAUCGAAUCCAGGUCAAGAUAUUAAAGCUUAAAGAUAAGGCAUUCAAGAAAAAUUGAGAAGAAUCGCCAAUGAAAUGUUAGAAAUACUGCAGCCAUAAAUAACUGAAGAUUUAUUUACUAUAGAUCAGACAUCUGUUGAUGAAAUAAUCGUUAAAUUCAACGAUAUGAAAGUUCAGAUCAAAGACUUAAAGUUCAGUGAACUAUCUGAGGAAGAUUCUAUAUAACUGCAUACUCAUUUGGAAAAGAUAAAAUUGUUCUUAGAAAAUGCCUAAGCAUAAAAUGAGAGCAUAGCUGAAUUCGUAUUAAACCAGGAAUAGUUGAUUCAAUAGCAAGCAAUGGAAUAACUCAAUCAACAAGGAAAGAUAUAAGCUUUGAAGUAUUCAAUUAAUACAUAUCUUUUGCCUGAAUAGAAUUAAACUUACCAGGAUAUUACAAGAGAUGUGAGAAUGAUCUAAGUAUUUGAGAAAGAAAAAGAAUGUCUACUAUAGAAGUUAUAAGAGAAAUCAAGUUUGUUAUAUUAAUAACAAAAAAGAGAUGUAUUUUAGAAUGAUACGAUCAAGAAAUAAAACUAACAUUUAUUAGCUCAUGAUCUCAAGAUUAGACUACUAGCGGAGAAACUUGAAGCUAAGUACAAGGAGAAAUUUACCUAUAGAGGAAACGGAGAUAGAAAAGAUAAUUUGGACUAGUUCGUUAUUAAGUAUUUUAAAGAGAAUAAACUGUAUAUGAUUGGGGAGACUAUUAAUGUUUAAACUGGCUUGUAUAUUUUAGGAUGCAAAGGCAGAGCAGUAAAACUGAAGCAAGCCGCUGAUAAACUAAUGGUAUAAGAUGAAGAAAAUAAAAUGGUCAAAAUUGAGAAGUAUUUGGCAAAGAUGAAUCCUGAAGGUUAUGAAAGAAUAUAAAUUGUCUAAAAAGACCCAAACAUUGAUCUCAAAACUUUGAAGGAUUAAGUAUAAGGUAACAAAAAGCACAACUUUAAGAGCAAGAGUACAAACAAAUCCCCAAUUCAAGCAUAAUCAUUUAGAAGUGAGAUUAGGGAAUAAUCAGUAACUUCCUCUGUAAUGGAUAAGUCACCAAUGAGGGUGACUAGCAAUGGAAUUUCUAAUUUUUAGAGGAUGGGUGAAAAGCUGAAGUUAAAUUAGACUAAUGGAGGUUAAACAGAUAGAAAUAUGAGCAUCAGUCUUAACUUUACAGAGAUGAGUUUAUUGCUUGGCAUGAAUCAAAAUGCAAAUUAGAAUAGCAGUAAUUAGCCUACAUUAAAUGACACAGGCAAUGUUAAGAAAUGCUAAAUCAACCUAUGA